CACUGUCACCAUCACCAUCACUACCGUCAUCACCACCACCACCAUCAUCAACAUCAUCAUCAUCGUCUGCCUCAGAACCCGAUUUGACGGGACCAUGGAUGGAAGUCAUUAUCAAGCUCCAAUAUAUCGCCAUCAUCACGCACUGGACGUUGGUGUUUGGACCCAUCGUCUUCAUCAAGAUACUGAUGCUUGCCGCCCUCGCCUACUUUGCCUACAUCGUCCUCGCUACCAAACGACCCAUGGCGUCUCUACCCAAGAUGUUUCAAGAUGAAAAGGGUGCUAAGAAGGCCCACUACGACGUCGCCAUCGUAGGAGCUGGACCCGCCGGGUCUACUCUGGCCUACUACCUUGCCAAGUCUGGCCGCAAGGUCCUGCUCCUCGAGAAGAAGAAGUUCCCGAGGGACAAAUACUGCGGCGAUGCGGUCUGCAAGACUGCGGUAGAGAUCCUGAUGGAUAUGGGUAUCUACGAGGAUCUUAUCAACCAGAAGAAAGCUCAUGUGGCAGACAGCGGAGGUCUGGUCAGUCCAGGUGGGCUGAGUUACAUAGGGGAGAGUCUCGAGAUCAUGGGAGAUGUCCCAGCAGCCAUUGCGUGUAAGAGACUCCAUCUAGACAACGCUAUCGCCAUGGCAGCCAAAAAAGCUGGGGCGGAUUUGAAGGAGAACAGCUCCGUGUCUGCUGCCACGCUCGAUAAAUCAACGGGACUGUGGACUCUGUUCCUGGAGGGUGGGGUGCAGCAGACGUACCAGGCCCGCGUUCUGGCGUGCUGCGACGGCGCCCCAUCCGCCCUGGCCACCAAGCUGGGGAUCGUCCGUACCCCGCCCCAGGGGUCGUGUUCCAGGGCCUACGUGGAGCCGGGGACACACAAGUUCAAAGCCGACGGGGUGGUGAUUUACAACAAAGACAUGCUUCCAGGCUAUUCUGCCCUAUUCCGCCAUCCCAACGAUGAGCUGAAUUACUGCGUGUACAUCAUCCCUGGUAAUCCUCAGGUUGGCAACGAUGACCUGCCCUAUUGGCAUGACAACAUCAUGAAGAAUGACCCCUAUGUCAGCAGGGCACUGGGUGACAAGGCCAAGGUUGAAAGGAUGAAAGUCGCUAGUCUCCGUUUUGGUGGUGUACCCCGUUCCUAUGGCAACCAGGUUAUCCUUGUCGGAGAUUCAGCUGGUAUGAUUGACCCUAUGACAGGGGAGGGCAUUCAUCUUGCCAUGGACGGCGGUCGCUUAGCAGCAGGCUUCUUGGAAGAGGUCCUCACUCAUGGGAACGUAUCCAGGGAGGCAAUGGAGAUGUAUCAUGAGCGCUGGAUGGACAAGUUCGGAAACGAUUUCGCAUGGUCGUCACGUAUCAGUUACCUCCAGUACAAGUUCCCCAUUCUCAUAGAUGCCGCUACAGCAGCGAUCCAACGCAAAGGUGAUGCUUUCAUGGCUAAAUGGGCGGACAUCAUGACAGGUCGGGUGCCAAAGGUCAACCUUCUCUUGCCGGACUUCGUCAUCGUCGUCGGGUACGAGCUCGCCGCCAUCCAGUUUCGACGGUUGCAUGGCUUUGCAUCGGAACGGUUGCGCGGCUUUGCAUCGAGACUAAAAAGCGAGGAGGAGGAGGAGGAGAAUGCAAAACAAAAGGAGGAGUGAAAAACACAAAGAUGAAAGUCAAAGGAAGAUACCUUUGGAUAGUUUUGAAUUAUCUUAAGAAGGAUGUGUAAUUAAAUCACAAAGGAAAGAAUGAGAUGUCCAAGGAAGGUACACUAGGUAUAUCUUCAUCAGCUCGAGAUUGCCAAAUAACCUGCUAUUUUUUAUUUCUGAUUUGGGAAAUAAGCCCAAAAUUUACAAAUAACGUCCUCAUCAGCUCGAGACUUCAGACAAAUAGCAGGAUAAUUUACAAACUAUCCCAAAAUAUCUUUGGAUGAUUAUCUCGACCAAAUAUCCCGCUAAUUGCAACUGAGGGCUGAUGAAGAUGCAAAUUAGCUGGAUAAUUUGCGAUCGGGAUAGUUAAAAUAGCAGGUUAUUUGGCAAUCUCGAGCUGAUGAGGACAGGCCUUUUGUAAUGUUUUGGGCAAUCAUUGAAUGAGUAACUGCUACUAGAUAUUGUCUGUUUGGAGCCAGAAGGGCAUUAACUCAUAUCAAUUUACAACAACUUAAGUCCCCUGUGGCGUGUAUGUGUGUCAUUAGGUUUUUACAGACGUGCAUCAAUCAGAUGCUUUGCUCCAAACAAACGACAUUUUAUAUAUCGAGAGGAAAGAGAAGAAAAAUGAAUGCAGUACGAAAAAAAUAAGUCGCAAAGUAUUAGCUUAAAUAGUUUAGGAUAUAAGACGGGUGGAAAACCACAAAGGAAAGUAUAUAUGAUAGUGGGAUAUAAAUUAUUAUGAUAGGUUGGAAUGAUCACUGAACUUGUAUUUGGAGCAAGACAUAUUGGAAUAAAGCAGAGAAAGGAUAUAUUUUUGAAAGUUGAAUUUAUUAAAUUGAGCAAAGGGAUAUAGUAAAACGAGAGUACGUAAGAAAGUUUGAAAAAAGGACCAAGUAAGAAAGAUAACAGAAUGUCAUGGGAUGGUUUAGAAAUCAUGGAAUAUGUACGAUUUGUUACAAAUUAUAAAUUUAUAUUAGGAGAAUAUUUUACAAAGUGGAUGGCUUAUAUACGUUUUGAUGCAGAGAAUUUGACAGUAAUCCAGCUAAGUUUAUAAAU